AGCGCUUCUCCUCGCGAGAGACUCAGUGCUCAUGCUCGCCGUCGGGGUCGGAGGUCAGGGCGAGCGUCUCGCGGGCCGGAGGAGGAAGAUGGCGGUGGAGUCGCGCGUUACACAGGAGGAAAUUAAGAAGGAGCCGGAGAAGCCGAUUGACCGCGAGAAGACAUGCCCGUUGCUGCUGAGGGUCUUCACCACCAACAACGGCCGCCACCACCGCAUGGACGAGUUCUCCCGCGGAAACGUGCCCUCCAGCGAGCUGCAGAUCUACACUUGGAUGGAUGCAACCUUGAAAGAACUGACUAGUUUAGUGAAAGAAGUCUACCCAGAAGCUAGAAAGAAGGGCACACACUUUAAUUUUGCAAUUGUUUUUAUGGAUCUUAAGAGACCUGGUUAUCGAGUCAAGGAGAUUGGCAGCACCAUGUCUGGCAGAAAGGGGACUGAUGAUUCCAUGACCCUGCAGUCACAGAAGUUCCAAAUUGGCGAUUACUUGGACAUAGCAAUCACCCCUCCAAAUCGAGCACCACCUCCUUCAGGGCGUUUGAGACCAUAUUAAGUAUUCUAUUUACUUCUUGAAUUUUAUUUUUCAGGCAGUUAUGUAAAAUAAAUUUACAUAUUCUUUUUCUUCCCUUGUUUUUUUUUUUUUUGCCAUUAAGCCUUGAAAUUCUAAAUAAAUUGUAAUGCAUCUAUUUAGGAGUGAGAUUUGGAUGUAUAAUGGUGUGAGUAUUAUAGAAAGUCCAUAUGUUUCAAGCCCUGUAAAAUAUGAAGAAAAGUGCUCUUAGCAUUCUCUGUAAAACUGUAUUGGUGAAAUAUAUGUGUGCAAUUAA